AUGCAUCAGAUUCAAAACACUGCCACAAAUAACCAGCUUCCAUACCAAGAUCUGUUCCCACGAAGCUGCAGCGACUCUGAGUCCGUCGACGACGAUGGCCGCAGCCCAAAGCGAGCAGGGAACGUCGCACGACUUGGAUGGGUAGCUCGUCCCGCCGGGAUAAUCAUCUUCUCCCUCUUGACUUACUGUACCUCUGCUUUGCUGUGCGCUUGCUACCGUUCACCUGAAGUCCCUGCCAAGAGAAACCAUACUUAUAUGGAUGCCAUUCGAUCCAACUUGGAUGGGGCAAAGUUCAAGAUAUGCUUGGUGAUUAACUGCCUGAACCUUCUUGGAGCAGCCAGCGAGUACACUGUAUUUGCAGCCCUAAUGAUGAUGCACGUAGCUAGGGAUAUCAAGUACGGGCUCUCUAAUUGUUGCAACGCAGCUGAUACAUGUUAUGUUAAUCCCAUGCCAUACUUCAUGGCUUUCGCCGUUGCUCAAAUAAUUCUCUUUCAAAUUCCCAAGUUUCCAGCUUAG